AUGGACAAAAAAAUGUUUAAAAGAUACACAAAUCACAGCUCGGAAAUUCUACCUAUAAAAAUUGCCGUCCCAAAACUUUAUAAUACUGCGGAAAGUCUUGACGGAUUGAUCAAUUAUGUACGAUGGAUGAUUGUAGAGAACAGUAAAGGUUCCAAGAUGCCGAAUACGGAUAUGAUAUCCGGUUUGAGUGGCGUGGAUGCUAUCGUGCUCUAG